CGGCACCGGGAAAUCAAAGUUGGCCAUUGAGAUCGGAAAACGACUCCGGGGAGAGAUAAUCAGCGCCGAUUCCAUGCAGAUGAAAAGUGGCAUUUUCCGUGUAGAGACAGAAAAUAGGGCGGAAAAUUCGUUUCAUUCAAGUGCAGCCUGGUUAGCAAUGGCAACGCAAGAUGGCUGCUGAUGGCUUCACUUCUCACGAAGGUGUACCAAGGUCUGGACAUCAUCACAAACAAGGUGACCGCCAAGGAGCGCGCCCAAUGUCGGCAUCACAUGAUCAGCUUUGUGGACCCGUUGGUUAGCAACUACACGGUGGUGGACUUCAGGAACAAAGCCGUUUCUCUAAUAGAUGACAUGCAUCGCCGGAAUAAACUGCCGAUCAUUGUUGGGGGAACAAACUACUACAUUGAGUCCCUGCUGUGGCGAGUCCUACUCGACGCUGGGGAUUUGGGUGACGGCGAUGAUGGAGACACAGACAGGAAGUUGGAACUGGAGAAACUGGGGGGAGCGGAAUUGCACAGGCGACUGAUGGAAGUGGACCCCGAAAUGGCCUCCAUGUUGCACCCCAAUGACAAGCGCAAAAUUGCCAGGAGCCUGCAGAUCCACCACGAAACGGGCAUUCCUCACAGUUCCUGGCUGGAGGAACAGCGAGGCCAGGAGGGCGGUGACGGCCUCGGGGGCCCGCUUAGGUACCAGGACCCUUGCAUCUUUUGGCUCCACGCCGACAUGGACGCUCUGGACGAGCGUCUGGACGCUCGCGUCGAUGAGAUGCUGUCGGUCGGGUUGAUCGAGGAGCUCAGGGACUUCCAUGUCCGCUUCAAUCAGAAGAAAGUGCAGAAUGACAGUCAGAACUACCAACACGGGAUAUUCCAGUCGAUUGGUUUCAAAGAGUUCCACGACUACCUGACAGCUCCUGAAAACAGCAGCCAGCAGGAAAGAGAGACACUCCGAAACAGAGGCGUUGAAGCUUUGAAGACUGCUACGAGGCGCUACGCUCGCAAGCAAAAUAAAUGGGUCCGCAACCGCUUCCUGAAACGACCCGGAGACGGCGUGCCAGCUGUCUAUGGCCUGGAUGUGACGGAUGUGGCGAGAUGGGAGGAGACCGUGCUGACCCCUGCACUGCAGAUACUGGACAGUCUCUGCAAGGGUGAGAAACCCUCGACUGAACCAAUCAGACUACAGCGGGCGGAGCUAAGGAAUAAACGAAGCCGGCAUACCUGCGACCUGUGCGACAAGGUGAUCAUCGGCGACCUGGAGUGGGCCGCUCACCUCAAGUCCAAGAAGCAUCACUUCCACGUUAGGAAGAAGCUCAAGUCUGAUGGCGCGGGUCACAAUGGCGUUCAGCGUCGCGUUUCGCUUCCCGCGUUAGACACGCAGACUCGGACAAACCCGUCGGACUCCUCAAAGGACACCAACGCAGCACACUAAGAAAGCGGCUUUGACUUUUCAAAAAAAAACCAAAAACGUCCGUAGACAGUCCUACGAAGUCCAUCAAGCAUGGUUCCACUUGGACCUGUUUUUUGUAUUUCUGAUGGAAAUACAUGGCACUACAUUUUCUUGGUGCUGCCCAUGCCAACAUUUCCAUGAGACGCUGCUUUCAAUUGGAACAUUUGUAUUUCACAGUUCAUCACGGAAACUGUUUGGAUUCAGUCCGAGCUCGGAUUAUUUUUUUGCUUCACGAUUUUGUGGAAAAGCGCACUACAGAUACAUUAUACGGACAAAGGUUAUUUGAACAUUACAGUUACAGGAACUGUGGAGAAAUGGAAGAAAAUAUGUUCCCACCCUCUCUUUUUUUUCAUGGGGUUUUGGAGCAAAUCUGACCAUUGUUUUACUGAAAAUAAUGUUUUUGUAAGGUGCAUACCAAGGGAGAUUAUGCACUCUCCGGACAUAAAUAUGUUGACCUUUGGAUGAAAGACCUACUGGACCUGUGACAGGAGGAAAAUACAAUGUUGGGAGCACUACAUCUUAAACUUUGGAGCAAGCUUUAUUUUCGACUUGCAUUUUUUUUAUUAUUAUUUUUUUUUUUGUGGACACUGCAAUUACAGACCAUACGCUACUUGGACACCUGGCCGUUACAUCAAGAGGAAGUGAAAAAAAAUCCAAGUCCCUCCCCUCCAGACAUAGACUUGUCUUUGUUUUGUUGCAGAAUUACAAUUUCAAAAGAACCAAUUAGUCCCUGCUUCAUUAAUUGAUCAAUAGGUGUAUCUGAAGAAAUAAUGUGCCUUACUUGCAUCAUUUUUUUGGUUGCUCCUAUUGUCCGUCAAAUCUUUUAAUUUAUAUUGUAAUUACAUUUUAACCCUGUGGGUUUUGGAAAAUUUAAUAAAAAAUA